AUGGUAUUUAUACUUCUGUAGAGCCAAACUGUUAGUGAGGAAACCGAAUUCCCGCAGCUAAAAUAUCUCAACAAAGUUGUGCGUUUGAUGAUUAAACUGCUUAAGAUGAAAACACUGGUGAUAGUUCAACAUCAUCUGCAUUACAAUUGCAAUCUUCAGCACUGGAAUUCCCAUGGAAUGGCCACUAUAAGGACUGAUGAUCAGGGAAAAAUAAGGAUGAAGGACAAUUUUAACAGCCGCACUUUGACUAUAGUUUGUAUGGGCGAAAGUGAACACAUCAGGCUGCUGAGAAAUGUAUUCGAAACUUUUGGGAACAUGCGACAACAGCGACUAAUACUGUGGACCCAAAUGGAACCUAAAGAGGAUUUCCUCCAAGAGAUUUCAAACAGAGCAACAGAAUUCAAACUCUUGCAUCUUUUGGUGUUGCAAGUUGGGCCAGAAGGUCCUUUGUCAUUCUAUCGCCUAAUUCCGUUUCCUAGUGCCCACUUUAAGCGAAUUGAAAAUAUCUGGCACCUCAAUGACUCUGAGUUUGUGAAUAACGAGUUGAAUUUUCAUGGAAAGACGGCUAUUGUGAAGCACGAUUAUAACUGGACUAUAGAAAUGGGUAAUAUUAGGAACUGUCCCAUUUCUCGUCUCGAAGACAUAGAAGUCUUUGAAUUCGCAAAGAAAUACAACCUGAAUUUGCAGUUUUUUAAUGAUGUAGAUCGCUUUGAUAUCGAGCUAAGAAAACGCAUUAUAUACCUCAAUAAUUUAUCCCAGCUCAUAGACUUUGGAACGCCAAUGAGCUUCUCGUCGCUUUUGAUUGUCGUUCCCUGCGACACUUACCAGAAAUGGAUUUUAUACAUUAUAUUAGUCUACAUCAUAUUCGUGUUGAUUGAGAUAACUUUCCUUAAGGUAACCUUUCGGUUUUCCACCCAACCGCAUCACCAGGAGUUCCUCAAUCCGCUGGUGAAUCUAUAUGCAUUUCGGGCCAUUUUGGGUCUACCAUUUCCAUUGCCUCGAAGAUCGAGUCUUUCGCUGCACCAGCUCUUUUUGGCAAUUGUAAUGUUUGGAAUGAUUAUCAGCAUCUUUAUCAACUGCAAGCUGAGUUCGAUGCUUACAAAGCCCUAUCCCCGCACUCAGGUCACCAAUUUCAAAGAGUUGCAGUCCAGUGGCUUGACUGUUGUUAUAAAUGAAGAUGCGAACAAUUUCAUUGAAGAGAAAUUCGCUUUGGAGGACAUCAAGCAAUAUAUGCCAAGAAAAGCAGUAUUGACCUAUGCAGAAAGAGAGAAAUUUCUCAUAUCGCAUAAAGACGGUUACGCCUUUGCUUUAUUUUCUGAUAAUUUUUUUGCUAUUCGAAACUAUUAGCGAUCCAAAGGGGUACGAGCCCACUGCAGCUCAGUGGACUUGGUAAUCGCCAGGAAUGUGCCGAGAGUCUUUAUUUUGGGAAACAAUUCGAUACUGGAGUGGCCGCUGAUGAGAUUUACAACGAUAAUGGAGGAAUCUGGCAUUACCAAUCACUGGCGAAAAAAUAUUCCCAGAAGUAAUGAUAAGAAUCUAAAAGAAAUCACCAUUUUCAAUGACAGGGUACUCCCAGUACUUCCUCUUUCCAUGGAGCACUUGACUUGGUUGUGGUGUUUACUUAUCCUGGGCUACAGCAUUUCGAUGAUAGUGUUUCUUGCUGAGAUUUCACUUAAAAGGAGGAAGAAACCCCUCGAGAAUAGGGAACCUAACGCCUUUAUGUGUUAA